GUAUGAAGUCUCCACCCCAGUCCCGCCCACGGAGGGAGAGACACAGAGCAAAAAGUUCAUUCCGCUGAAUCUGGGGAGCCAUGGCUCGCGGCCGGGACCUCAUCCUGAAAACUCUGGAGAACCUGGAGGAGGAGGAGUUCAAGAUGUUCAAAUUUAAGCUGCGAACGUGGCCGCUGCGGGAAAAUUUCACCCCUAUUCCCCGGGGGAAGUUGUCAUCUCUGGACCGCGUGGAUCUCAGUGACAAGAUCGUCUGUCACUACCUGGAGGACUAUGGGAUGGAGCUGACUGCGGAGGUGAUCCUAGAUAUGGGUUUACGAGAAGAAGCUGUCGCACUCCAGCAAGCGGCGAGGCCUGCUUCAAGGGCUGACCCAAAAGGAAAUGCAGCCCAAUCCACUCAGCAUUCAGCUAGAGCAUGCACUGCAUCAGAGGUACAUUUUGUGGAUCAGCAUCGGACAAACCUCAUCAAUCGUGUCACUGUGCUAGACCCAGUCCUAGAUGAGUUGUUUGGGAAGGUUCUGAAUGCAGAGCAAUAUGACACCAUCAGGGCUGAGGCCGUCGUACAGAAACAGAUGAGACAACUCUACACCUUCAUGAGAAACUGGAAUGAUGCAUGUAAAGACAUGUUUUUAGAAGCUCUGAGGAAAAACAACCCUUUUCUGGUGGAAGAACUGGAGAAAAGCUGAGGAGCAUCUAGCAUUCUGCCCUAACCCUGGCACUUUGAUGCUUGAUUCUCAAGACACUGCAAAUUGCCUUAAAAAAAUCAAAGUAUCAAAAUCGAGUCUCUUCCUGUAUGUAUGUUUUCUCUCUCCUGUUUUGGUCUCCCAAAUUGCCUUUAAAAGUCAAAUAAAACUAUCACAACUGAA